AUGGGUUCCGGAAACAGUAAACCAACAGAGCACGUCUUUUACGGCGAGACGCCUGUGCGAUUUUCAAACGAUCUCGUCGAGUCGUUGCAGUCCUCUUCCGAGACCGACUCCACUCGCGAGAAAACCCUCGAGCUACACAUCCAGUCCCGUGUCGAGUCUGAGCUCCAACGCCUCCAGCAGCGCGAAUCGCAGAUUCUCAACGACCUUGAAGAGAAGCUUACGGCCGAAGACAAGAAGCACGGCAGCGCAGAAAAAAACCCUGGGAGGAAAAAGGUCCAGGCAGAGCUAGAUGCGCUGAGGCAAAGACUGAAUGGUAUCCCGAAGGUGCAUGAGCUGGACAAGGAUGUGGAGAAAGCCAGGGACGAUGUUAUUAAAUGUUUGCGAUCACAUGACCGGACACCUCUGGACUGUCACCGAGAGGUAGACGAGUUUAAAGCCCAGACCCGAAGGCUAGAGAGGCAAUUUGUUGUAAGGACAGUUGGUAGAGAUUUCCCGGCAGGCCACUAG